AUGGUAAGCACAAUCUCAUGGGUGGAGCAUUUAGUUGUGCGGACGAGUCGUCGUUUACCCGAGAUUUUGAUUAGAGCAGAUCAUUGUCUUACUGUCGUGGCAUUUCGUCAUCAUUCAGCAUCUCCGUCAAUCGCUGCAAUGGCUAUGGAAGAGUUAGAAGGCUCAGUUCGAAAUCUCAUCGAUCAGAAAUCCUUAAAAUGGAUUUUUGUUGGAGGAAAAGGAGGUGUGGGCAAAACGACUUGCAGCUGUUCUUUGGCAGUUCAAUUAGCUGCAAAAAGAAGGAGUGUGCUGUUGAUAUCUACAGAUCCUGCUCAUAACAUAUCCGAUGCCUUUAACCAGAAGUUUACAAAAACACCGCAAAAAGUCGCAGGCUUCGAAAAUCUUUCUGCUAUGGAAAUUGACUCGAAUCCCGUAGAAGGAUCUGCCUUACCUGGGUUAGAUCAAUUGGGUGAUAGCAAUGGUGGUAUAGCGUCAAUGGGACGGGAGUUGCUGAAUAAUAUGGUUGGAGGAAUGCCCGGUAUCGAUGAAGCCAUGAGCUUUGCGGAAAUGUUGAAACUCAUCAACUCGCUCGACUUUGAUGUAGUAGUGUUUGAUACUGCUCCAACGGGUCACACAUUGCGCUUGCUGCAGUUUCCCGUCAUACUCGAAAAGGCAUUCACAAAAAUUCUCUCACUGCAGUCAUCAUUUGCACCUAUGAUUGGACAGCUCUCUGGAAUGCUUGGAAUGGGCGAGUUGUCUCUUGACGACACUCUCAGAAAACUUAACGAGACAUUGGAUCAGGUCAAGCGAAUGAAUGCAGAAUUCAAGAAUCCAGAUCUCACCACAUUCGUUUGUGUAUGUAUCGCAGAAUUUUUAUCAUUAUAUGAAACUGAGCGAUUGAUUCAAGAGCUUACUAAGCAGGGAAUCGAUACGCACAACAUCAUUGUAAACCAAUUGCUGUUCCCAGAUACUAGUGAAGGAUCAGUUCAAUGCAAAAAAUGCCAAGCUCGAUUCAAGAUACAGUCGAAAUACCUGGAACAGGUCAGUUUUAGUUACUCACUACUUUAA